CGCGAUGAGAACCGAUACCUCGUGUCCACAGCCAAUGACGGCUGCGUCUGCUUCUGGCGCUACAACGCGACCACCGAUGAGUUCCAGACGCAGCCCAAGAAGUUCGUUGAGCGCCACAAACCCGGCUCACAGUUGGUGUGCUCGAGCUUCUCCUGUGGCGGCGUCUUCUUAGCCGUUGGAUCCACUGAUAACUACCUCCGGGUCUAUCACAUCACAGCGCCGGCCGGUCCCACGAAGAUCCUGGAGAUCGAGCAGCACUCGGAUCACGUGGAUUCGCUGCAGUUCAGUAACUUGAGUACGAGGUUUGUCAGCGGUUCCAAGGAUGGCGUCGCCCACAUCUGGUACUUCGAGCGCCAGCACUGGCAUAACAUACCGUUGAAGAUGUCUGAGCGCCUGCCAAACGCCACGGCACCGGCCAAUGACACGGAGGUUGCCCGCAAAGUGAGGGUAUCGAUGGUCGGCUGGACCUGCGAUGAUGUCCACGUGAUCACCAGUUUGAGCGAUCACUCGCUGAAGGUGUGGUACUCACAGACGGGUCAACUGAGACAUGUCCUCUACGGUCACGAGGACGAGGUGUUUGUGAUUGAAGCGCACCCUAAGGACAGUCGGCUGUUCCUGAGCGGCGGACACGACGGCGCUAUCAUAUUAUGGGAUGUGCUCACAGGGAAUGCCAUAAAAAGCUUCUACAACUCGAUCGAUGGUCAGGGUCAUGGGGCUGUGUUUGACUGCAAGUUCUCACCGGACGGCCUAAUGUUCGCGUCGACCGACUCUCACGGGCACCUGUCGUUGUUCGGUGUCAUGUCCCACAAACCCUACGACAAAGUGCCCGAUCAGGUGUUCUUCCACACCGACUAUCGGCCAGUCAUUCGAGAUAACAAUCACUACGCCAUCGACGAGCAGACCCAAUGCGCGCCACACCUCAUGCCACCGCCCUUUCUGGUCGACAUCGAUGGUAACCCUUAUCCACCCAAUUAUCAACGCCUAGUUCCCGGCCGUGAGAGCUGUUCCGAUUCACAACUCGUGCCGUAUGUGGCCGUACAUAACGCCAAUGGGAAUGACGUGGCCGAAGUGUUAGCACCGGUAGAAAUUCCAGGCUCUCAACCACAACCCUCAUCGCCCCAACCCCUUGCAGUCCGGCCCACAAUCGACGAUAUGAUACAACGGCUACAGCGAGAGCAGCGCCGACUUACUCACGAACACGACUACACCGCACAGCCACCGCCCGGGUAUCACGACCCGCGAGUUGGCACUGGUUUUGGUGCCGGCGCUGACGCUCACAAUCAGUCGCCCCAACGGGCCCGACACGCCUCUGGCCAGCGAACAGCAGGUUCCCGACGCACGGGUUCUGUAGAGGGUGUCCGACAGCCGGCAAACUUCAUGUCCCGCGACCGCGAACUCAACCAAAUGGUUCCCGUGUGGGCCAAG